GGCGGCAUUUGUCAAGAACGUCAACAAGAAGUAACCAUCAGUUACGUUGUAAAACUUAUUUUUGAUGUUUAGGAAGUUUUAGAAAUGAAUAUAUCGUUAUUAAUACAAUAACUGCGUUUUUGACCAAUUGGAUUUAAUUCGAUUAUCAUUUUUUUGUUUUUAAUUUUAUCAAGAGCUUUCGUUUGGAAUGGAUGCAGCGUGGAUUCAUUGUUUGUUUAUAGUGAAUCAUGAGAUCAGCUGACUAACGUUAGCUAGCUAGCUACCAAUUUCUGGUUUAGCAAAGCAGCCAACGUUACAAUGUGUUUGGAAAUUGUCGUCCAGUAUUCAUGCUUCCCAAAUGACAUUUGAAACGAACUCUUAUUCCAAGCUAUAGCUGGCAGCGGUAAUAGCUAGUUGUUAGCUAGCUAGCUUGCUUGCUAGUUAGCAUUAGCUUUGUUUUCAGAAAUCUCACCUAUUGACCCAGUGAGUGUAGGACACUGGACAAGUUGCUGUGGCUAACUAGCUUACCAUUACAAAUAUGCCUUGUACUUGUGGCAACUGGAGGAGAUGGAUUCGGCCUCUGGUCGUUCUUCUAUACUUUCUGGUUGUGCUUGUCGUCUUACUACCCCUGUGCAUCUGGGAACUACAGAAAUCAGAGGUUGGUACCCAUAACAAAGCAUGGUUCAUAGCUGGGAUAUUCGUGUUCAUGACCAUACCCAUAUCACUAUGGGGGAUCCUGCAGCAUCUUGUAAACUAUACUCAACCAGAGCUACAGAAGCCAAUUAUCAGAAUAUUAUGGAUGGUCCCCAUUUACAGUUUGGACAGUUGGAUUGCCUUGAAGUACCCCAGCAUUGCCAUCUACGUGGACACAUGCAGGGAGUGCUACGAGGCAUACGUCAUCUACAACUUCAUGAUCUUCUUGCUCAACUACCUGGGAAACCAGUACCCCAGCCUGGUACUGAUGCUGGAGGUGCAGGAGCAGCAGAAACACCUUCCUCCCCUCUGCUGCUGCCCGGCAUGGCCCAUGGGAGAAAUCCGACCCCCGUGGAAGUUCACCGUGGGAUUGCUAUUGAGAUGCAAGCUGGGAGUGUUGCAGUACACGGUUGUCAGACCAGUCACAACAGUUAUUGCCUUGAUAUGUCAGCUCUGUGGUGUGUAUGAUGAAGGUAACUUCAGCUCAACCAAUGCAUGGACGUACCUGGUGAUAUUCAACAAUAUGUCCCAGCUGUUUGCCAUGUACUGUUUGGUCCUGUUCUACAAGGCCCUAAGAGAGGAACUGGCCCCCAUCAGACCAGUGGGGAAGUUCCUGUGUGUCAAAAUGGUGGUGUUUGUCUCCUUCUGGCAAGCUGCUUUCAUUGCUCUCCUGGUCAAGGUUGGAGUAAUCUCAGAGAGACACACGUGGGACUGGGACAGUGUGGAGGCUGUAGCUACAGGCCUACAGGACUUCAUCAUCUGUGUGGAGAUGUUCCUGGCGGCCAUCGCCCACCACUUCAGCUUCACCUACAAGCCCUACAUCCAGGAGGCUGAGGAGGGAUCCUGCUUCGACUCCUUCCUGGCCAUGUGGGACAUCUCUGACGUCAGGGCUGACAUCUCUGAGCAAGUCCGCAAUGUGGGGAGAACCGUUAUGGGCCGACCUAGGAAGACCUACUUCGGUGAGGCGGAGGACGACAGCGAGCGCUCAGGCUUGCUUUCCCCAGGCUCCAUGGACGCCAUCGGUCCCACGGAGGCCUUGUCCAACCCGGUGUCCCCCAAGGGUCGGUAUCAGGGCCUGGGCAAAACCAAAACGCCCCACUCCCUGUCAGCCCCCGCCGGGCUCAGCAAUGCUCAGUGGGAUGGAGAGGAGAGGGAAGACAAUGGUAGACAAGCUCCAGAGCCCAGAAACACCACCAACGAGCCAACAGGCUCGGUUACAGACGACCUUGUCGUUAUCACCUAGCUUAGCGGCAUCGCUAAAAUCCUCCAAUGGGAACUCUGAAUGCACGUUAUACCAAACACAGUUAGGCAGGAACCAAGUAUGGCCUCGGCUACGUUUCCCCUACAGACGAUAUUUGGCUAACCCGCACACAAGUGAUGGAAAAAGCACGUGUUAAUUAAGCAAUAUUGUAGUGAGUCAUUUGUCCACCACGGCAGAUGGACCUCUGUCAAUGACAGCUCAAAGAAUGUUCAUAAGCUUUCGUUAAGGGUCUCAUGACACUUAAGAUAUUUUUUCUUGUAUCUGUAUUGUACUACUGAGUCAUAAUGGUAAAGUACGGUACCUCAAUACCUUAUUUUAGUAUGACCCCUCUUCAUUGUAAUGUGUCUGGACUUCAAGUUCAAAAGCCGGUGAGAGAUUUGACCAGUAUACUUGUUCUAUAAUAGCGCCUGGGUGAUAUCACUACAAACUCGUUAAUCAUUUACCAAGGGUUUUAGUUGUUACGAAAACGUUCAAAGUAUAUAUAUGUAGCUUUUAAACUGAAACCUAUACAAAAUACUGGUUUGCACCAAUGAUUGGUUUAUAGACAGUACCACUCAUUCUAGGGUUUUUCUUAAUUUUUAAAAAACUAUUUUCUACAUUGUAGAUUAAUAGUGAAGACAUGUAGUAACCCCAAAAUGUUUUUAUUUGGGAUUCUUCAAAGUAGCCACCCUUUGCCUUGAUAGCUUUGCACAUUUUUGGCAUAAAGAAAAACCCUUGAAAGAGGUGUCCAUAGUUUUGACUGGUACUGAACAUCAUUGGGUUGCGCAUGCUUGAAUAUGGUCUUCGAACCUAUGUCUCACUUUGGCAUUAACGCUAACAGCCUCGAUCGUCUUCUCAGAUGCCUUGUUCUAUGUAUCCACACUAUAUCCACUAUCAAGUAAUUCACAUUUCACGUCUACCUCAUUUGUAAAUAUAAACUGAUGUUACAUAGUCAUGGUUAUAGAUUUCUUACCAUUUUAAUUUGUUAAGCUUUUCAGGGAUAUUAGUUGUGAUUUACCGUACUGAAAGGGAUUGAUAGUCUUUUACUAGAUUCAUUGUCAUCCCUUAGUAGAAUGUCUUCCUAUCGGAAUGUGUGUCAAGUGUGUGCAGCUAUUGCCUUACCUAAUGUUUGUCACAUAGCAUUAACCUUCAGAGGGAAGUACUACAAACGUAUCAGCACCUUUGUCUUUGAGAGUUCAACUCAAGGUUCCAAACAUUCACCCUCCAAUAAAUGAAAUUAAAUGUG